CCCAGCUGAUCCCGCGCCGCCCACUGGCUCAGCCAAGGGGCGACCGGGUCACCCGUGGACGGUGGGCGGCUUCUUCCAGGGGGUUCUGGCGCGCCGCCGCGAUGCCGGGGAACAUGCAGAUGCCGAGCCGGGACGAGGCUCCGCCGGGCAGACGUGAAGCCCUCGUAGUGCAAGCUGUCCAUGCUGUCAACAACAAUCCGACAUAUCCCCCAUUUCCCGAAGGAAUGCAAGUGGCAAUAUUUGGCAUGGGAUGUUUCUGGGGAGCAGAAAAAAUGUUUUGGAAACUGCCGGGGGUCUUCUCCACACAGGUGGGAUUCUCAGGAGGCUUCACUGCCAAUCCUACCUACCAAGAAGUCUGCAGCGGGAUGACGGGACAUGCGGAGGUGGUCCGUGUAGUGUUUGACCCACAGAAGAUCAGCUAUGAAAAGCUCCUCCGAUUUUUCUGGGAGAAUCACGAUCCAACCCAAGGAAUGAAGCAGUAUGAAGACUUUGGCACACAGUAUCGCUCGGCCAUCUACACAAUCGGAGCAGAACAACUGGAAUCUGCUUUAAGAUCCAAGGCAAUGUAUGAACAGGAGUUGGCUAAGAAGCAACUGGGGCCAAUAACGACGGAGAUCUGGGAGGCUAGCGAAUUCUACUACGCCGAAGAUUACCACCAGCAAUAUCUGCACAAAAACCCGGAUGGCUUUUGCGGCCUGCAAGGCACUGGCGUGGCCUGCCCCAUAGGCAAAUAAGAGUUCCCCAAUGGGAGUAUCCUUGGGAGCCACGGUAAUCAUAACCCUUGAACAGUUACCAUGGCAACCGGCGGCCUAGCAUUUUCGUAAUUCAACGGUGAUUUAGCAACCGGGGGUGGGGGGUGCUUUGUUCCUUUCUUUUAUGUCUUGUAGGUCCUGGUUAAGGUUUGGGGAUCAGGGCAAAAAAUGGGCAGCCUGCUGGAUGAAUUUUACUGUGAAUGUUACUGCUUUGUGUGGGAGGGUGAUAGUUAUAAUUUCCAUCCAAGGCAGAUGUUUGAGACCACCUGACAAGGUGCUGAUAAAUACACACGCCUUUAUCCCUUUCCUUGUUUCUCCAUCCCCAAGAAAGCGGAUGGAGCCAGCUCUGACUCCUCCAUCUUCGCAGUGGAUUUGGUUAUCUAGCAGGAAUAGUCCUCAACUUACAACUGCACUUGGGACCAGAAUAUCCAUUGCUUAAGCAAGACAGUUGCUAAGUGAACCAUGCCUGAGUUUACGAUCUUUUGCCAUGGUGGUUAAGCGAAACACUGCAAUCAACUGAACCAUGCAGUCGUUAAGAGAAUCAAGCUUCUCCCAUUGACUUAGCUUGUUGGAAGCUGGAUGAAAAGGUCACAAAUGCAGGUUUCCAUGAAGGUCCCAUCACCCGACCCUGGGACACUGCAACCAUCUUAUUAUCUACCUGUCAGUUGCCAAGCUUUUG